GCAUUGGGAUGCAUGCUUCUCCUAUUGCAAAUUUGGAGCCUUCAAUCGUAUCCUACGUCUCUCCUGGUCAGUCUUCAGGUCAAUGAUCAAAUUGAUUCGGAUGACCUCCGUACUUGUUUGGGGUCAGUCGAGUUUACUGUCGUCGAUAAUAUUGUCUGUCUCUCAUUAGUUGGAUAUUGCGGGAUGAGGAAUGUUCUCCGAACUAACCCCGGAAUAUUUGAAGGCACACCCACUCAAAUCCUAUCCGGGCUGUAUCUUACAGUGGCCGUCUCCGGUCAUUCGCCCUCUCUCAUCCUUCACUCCUUUUCUCCUAGUUCACUCCUGCCCAUCCUGGCAGCGAACCCCAUGGUUAAUUAUGUUAAUGUCCUCCUGAUCCAGCGCUUCCAAGCCGCCGUGGAAACUCGGACUGCUAUCUGCCGAACGCGUUAUAUGAUCGAGGACUUCAUGCAUUUGGACUUCGUUAGCACACCAUCCAGUGAGGAUAGAAUUGAUAUCGUGCGGGAAGAGUACAAAGACGCCCUUUGAGGAAUGGUAAUUGGGGACUAGAUCGCUACGUGUUGUUCGUAGCAGACGUGUUCGAAUAUAGCAGGAUCGAUGUUUCAGAUUGUCAGGCGGUACAGUAUGAGUAUAUCUGUGGCUUGUAAUUCCAAAAACAGUUCGUUGUAAAAUCGUGCACAUGGUAUCCCAGGCUCUAGCUGUUUCGCGCGCGGCGUUUGGCCCGAGAACGCGGACCGAGUCGGACUAUCAACCAAAUCAUCGGGCUCGUACAAAGACUGAUCAAUGCAAGGAUCGUGUAGGUCCAUCCUACACCUACAUCGUUCAACAUCAAGUCUAUGACUGAAACGCAUACUGCACCAAAUGUGCAUCGCACUAAGUUGUCCUGUGGGCGAAGGGAUUUCAGGGGUCUGAAAGGAAUAAUGACACUAAAGCAUGCAACGCACACACGCUGUCACCGACGAACCA